AGUUUCAGGUGAAGAUCUGAGUUCUUAGAGACCUUUGCCCCAGUGGAUAUGGUGGGGAGGGGGAGGUGUGCCAGUGAGGCUCAUGGAUGCCAUCUCUUUGAGUGGCACCUCUAGCAUCCCAGCAAUCACCUCUGAGGGCACAAUGAAUGCUUGAGGCUAGAAUUCCAGAGUCAUAGGUUGUUUUGGACCCACAGAAAAAUCUAGGCUGUGGACCAGCCCACCUGGGAUAGGGGAGGGAGGAGGAGACUGCCUGCCAUCUGCUGCCUUGGACCCCAGCAGCCCUCUGGAUCUGUGAGGAGGAGCAAAAGGACUCUUGGUGAUGGGAGCUUCAGGGAGGGGCUGCAUGGCUCAGAGGAAUGUGAAACCCCAGGGGCGACAGCACCUGCGGAGGCUCCUGAACUGGGAGGAGUUUGAUGAACUGAGGGAUGCCCGCCGGAGCAUACUGCUGGACACCCUCUAUGACAGUGUCAUCUUUGCUGUGGGCAAAGGCUUCCCAUGGGUCGAGGUCGUCCAGGUGGUCAAGUUCACAGAAGAGCUGCUCAAGGAAACCAAAGGCUGCUCCAUCACAGAGGCUGUGACAAUACUGGGGAAGAAGCUCCGAGAUUAUCAGAAGCAGUUUAACGUCACCCACCUGCUGGCCCUCUGUGACUAUUUCCACAACACUUUCAUCCGACACUAUAGACUCUACCAGUAUGUCCUGAGCCAGGAUCAGGAGGUCAACCUGAGUGUCGCUCACGUGCAAAUGUGUGCACCACCCCAGCCCCUUCCACUGACAGACGGCACAGACAGGGAUGUGUGGAGGCAUGAGCAGCAGGUGGCUGAGCUGAGCACAGCUGAGGUGGAGAAGCGCAAGAAUAUGCUGCUGCUGAAGGAGACACUGCGCAUGGAGCAGGCACAGAUGCUGCAGAAGGCCUUUGGGGUUGAGGAGGCUCCAGGGCAGCUGCAGCCCCGUUCAACUCUGAGGAGGGAGGCACUGGAGCGUCUGGUCAGUGAGGCCAUCCACAUCCAGAUUGCAUGCCUGCAGGAGCUUCUACAGUACGAGAUCCAGGCAGCCUUUGACAUCCUGGACCUGAGGCUGCAGAAGAAAACACUCAGUCUCAGUGCUCCUCCGCCCCCACUUCCCUGUAUCACCGCUGGCCCGGCAGCCUUAGAGGACUCUCCUAAGGCUAGUAAGGCCAAUAAAGGAAAGAAAGCCAAAGCUAAGAAGUAGGAGGCUGGUGACUACCACUCAAGGACGUGUGAGAAAAGCAACAUGGAGCAUGCUCAAUAUAGACCAGAGGCUCCUAGUGAUUAAAAGGAACAAAGCGAC